GCUGUGCCUCACCCGAUGGAUGCUGUGGCUGUGCCUCACCUGAUGGAUGCUGUGGCUGUGCCUCACCCGAUGGAUGCUGUGGCUGUGCCUCACCCGAUGGAUGUUGUGGCUGUGGAUCUGCAUGGUUGAUCUAUCUCUGCUGUGAUAGUGGUCAUUGUUCUUCCCCUAAACCUCACAACAAUGGUGUUCUGCAGGGCUCUGUUCUAUCUCCCACUCUACUGGUCAUCAAUGAUCCUUCCACAACUGUUCUGUCUACCCCUAUGCCAGUGACUCUUCUCUACAUUAUUCAACUUCUUUUAACAGGAGACCUUCCCAACAGAAAUGCCUGAAGAUUGGUCUGAGGAAGACACAUACAAGCUUGUGAUGCUAUAUAAGGAGCAUGAGUGUUUGUGGAACAUGCAUAGUAAAAUGUUCAAGAACAGGAAUGCAAGACAGAAAGCUCUCAAUGACAUACGUGUGAAAAUGGAAAUGAAUAACUUUGGGAUAUAUGAUGUCAAACAGAAAAUUAGAAGCUUAAGGGUAACAUUACAGCAAGAACUGAAUAAAGUAAAAAAAUCUGAAGAAUCAGGUGCUGGCACACAAGAUGUGUACAAGCCUGCAAUGAAAUGGUUUCCAAUAAUGAAAGACCUCAUGGAUCACGGACGAAAGAGACGAAAGUCUCUCAAAAAAUUGGAUAAAGCAGCUGAGGCACCAGAGCAGAAGAACCAUGGCAUCAUAUUACAAGCCUUGCAGCAUAAGGCAGCUGAGGCACCUGAGCAGAAGAAACAUGCCGUCCUGUUUUGUACCUUGCAGGAUAAAGCAGCUACGUCACCUGAGCAGAAGAAACAUGCUGUCCUAUUUUGUACCUUGCAGGAUAAAGCAGCUACGGCACCAGAACAGAAGAACCAUGGCAUCAGAUUACAAGCCCUGCAGGAUAAAGCAACCAAGGCACCAGGGCAUAAAGACCAUGGCAUCAGAUUACAAGCCCUGCAGGAUAAAGCAACCAAGGCACCAGGGCAUACAGACCAUGGCAUCAUCUUACAAGCCCUGCAGGAUAAAGCAACCAAGGCACCAGGGCAUACAGACCAUGGCAUCAGAUUACAAGCCCUGCAGGAUAAAGCAACCAAGGCACCAGAGCAUAAAGACCAUGGCAUCAGAUUACAAGCCUUGCAGGAUAAAGCAACCAAGGCACCAGGGCAUACAGACCAUGGCAUCAGAUUACAAGCCCUGCAGGAUAAAGCAACCAAGGCACCAGAGCAUAAAGACCAUGGCAUCAGAUUACAAGCCUUGCAGGAUAAAGCAACCAAGGCACCAGGGCAUAAAGACCAUGGCAUUAGAUUACAAGCCCUGCAGGAUAAAGCAACCAAGGCACCAGGGCAUAAAGACCAUGGCAUCAGAUUACAAGCCUUGCAGGAUAAAGCAACCAAGGCACCAGGGCAUAAAGACCAUGGCGUCAAAUUUCGUUCCUCGCAAGAUAAAGGAGAUCAUUCACCAGAGCGGAAGAACCAUAGCAUCAUAUUACAAGCCUUGCAGGAUAAAGCAACUAAGGGAACAGAGCAUAAAGACCAUGGCAUCAUAUUUCGUGUUUUGCAGGUUAAACCAGCUGCAGCACCAGAGCAGAUGAACCAUAGCAUUCAGAGCGAUACAGAAAGUGAGUCUACCCUUUCUGCGCACUCCCCUCUACCUGCAGACAUUCAUGGGACAUCUUUGCAGCAAGAAGGAUCUAGCAAACUAAUCAGUGAAAUAGCAGCAGCCUUAAAGGAGCUUAAAGAGCUAAAUAAAGCCACCAAUAAUCCUAAACUAGUCGAUGAUGUGUGUGAAACAUUUGGAAGACACAUUGUAGCUCAGUUAAAAAAACUAAACCCUGAAAACUGUAUCAUGGCUCAGGAGGACAUACAGCAGGUGUUGAUGAAAUACAGGCGUGCAGAACUCUCAUCCAACAACUCGGGUUCUGCGCCACCUUGAGUUUCUCCCAGGCCCAUUCCAGUCAGUAAAUAAUCAUGGGUCCUAUAGCAACUCCUUCAGUUUCUCCUGCCCAUCACUUUCAGUCACUCUUAUUCAACACCUCUUCCAUAUCCAAACACUGAAAAUUCACAAGAUUCAUGACCAUGUCUACUGCCACUGGAAGUUUCGGCGAGUUUGGUGAUGAUUAAAAGUAAAAGUAAUUCUGUAAUUAUUUGUUAAAUUUCAUUACUUGUAUAAAUUGUGAAAGCAACAUGUAUUUACUAAUUUCAAUGAAAUUAUAUAUAUAUAUUUUUUUUUAUGCACGAGAACAGGAUUUUUUAGCAGUAAGAAUAAGCUUUGCAGUAAAUUUGUAUACAUAUGUUUCCAUGAAAGUAUGUAGUUAUUUUUCUGUGCUAGAGUGCAAAACUAUUUUGUAACAUAUAAACAUGAUGGUAAAAUAUAGUAUAUAUACCAUCAAUUAUAAGGAUGAGUGUAAUAGUUAAAAACUUAUUUAAUUUUCCUU